AUGAUCAGCAACAGCAGCAAGCUCUCCCGUGCUCUUCUGCAGAUUCUACUUCUCCAUGCCGCAAGCAGCCAUGCACACGUACCAACAUGCCUUCACUUGAGGGGGGGAUCGCAAAAGCCGACGAUCGAUCCUGAGUACUCGGAGAUCUUGCAGAAGGGAUCCUUGCACGCGAGCCAGUCCAUGGGGAGCAUCGAGACUGAAGACGUUGGAGAGAAGCUGCCAUGGCCAGAAGGGUCAGAGAGCAAGAAGGAGAGCUUUCAGAAGUACCAAGCGCAGUACAAGGAAGCCAAGGACGAGUACAGACAGAUGAAGGGCAAACUACAGAUAGCAGAGCAUCAGCAACAAGUGCAGAAGAUAACUUUGAAGGGUUUGAAAUCUUUGGAACCAGAGGCUGAUGUGUAUCUACCUGUGGGGCGAAUGUACGUCAGCACGAACCAGCAAGCGCUGAGAACCAAUCUUGAAGAAUCUACAGAAAGGGUGCUCGAGGAGAUUGUAUGCGAAACUCAGGCCAAGGUAGAGGAAUUACAGGGGAAGGUGAAGUCGUUGGAGCUGAAGAUGCAGGAGGUUCUGAACCAUGUCUUCCGUGGGAGGUUCCAACUCUUCAUGGAAACCUAG